CAACAACCAAUUCACUAUACCAAAAGUGUGUGGUAGGAGCAAGAUAUAGAGAGAAAUGGCUUUGGAAAACUGCUUGCAACUGAGCACAGUGUGCACUACUAGGGUUGGUGCUGCACAAUGCUACCAUCCAUUUUCUUCAGAGAAGCUUGUUGUGCCGACUUGUAAUGGAUUGAGGAAGUCUGGUUUGAAAUUCUCCUCAUCUUCCUCAUUCGUUGCCCGUCCUAAAAGCACUAGACUCCAGAAGUCUGGCUUUGUUUGCAAAGCUCGUGAAGCUGUGGAUCAAGUUCAAGUGGUGACAGAUUCAAGCUGGAACAACCUUGUCAUUGCAAGUGAGAACCCGGUUCUGGUGGAGUUUUGGGCACCAUGGUGUGGACCAUGCCGGAUGAUUGCUCCGGUAAUCGACGAGUUGGCCAAAGAAUAUGCUGGGAAGAUAAGCUGCUUCAAGCUCAACACUGAUGACAGCCCCAACACUGCCACUCAAUAUGGCAUAAGGAGCAUUCCAACUGUGCUCUUCUUCAAAAAUGGAGAGAAGAAAGAAAGUGUUAUUGGUGCAGUACCCAAGUCCACCUUGUCUGCUACCAUAGAAAAAUAUGUAGAUCUUUAAAGAGGGAGAUGAUGUAUAUAGACAUAUAGUGUAAGCCACCAUGCUUGUGCUCAUGAAGCUAUUCAUUGUUAAUCUUCAAACUGAUGCUCAUUUCCAAUUGAUAAAAGUUUUCUUAGUCUUGCUGU